AUGGCAGCAUGGUGUGCAGAAAAUCUACGCGAUCUCGAGGGCUGGAAAGCUUCUGGUCUGGCUCUUUCGACACCGUCUAAUGAGUGCGCCAAGUUGUUCGACGGUGCUCUUCGACAACUCAUCUCAUGGUCAGAUUGUGACGCUCUUGGAGGCCUCAUCAAGACACUUGAAGAUAUGAAAGCUGCUGAUCCACAAGCAGUGCUUCCUCGAGCAUUCCGACUUGGCCUGGAAGGACUUGGCACCGGAACGUGUGCUCGAGUCAAUGAGACCUUCAGAAAUAACCUCGAGCAGGUCUGCGCUGACGCUCAAGCGUACGGUAAUCCAAGGGAGAUGAAACAUGCGGAAGCUGUUCAGUUGUGGGGCCAAGGAAAGAUGAGGGCUGCCGCGAAUAUCUGGGAGGAUAUUCUCAUUGAAUAUCCAACCGAUUUGAUGGCAAUUAAACUCGCUCACGAGGCGUACUUCUUCAUGGGCGAUGGUAAAGGAAAACGUGAUUCGGUCAAAGCUGUGAUACCAAAGCACAGCAGGAACGGAACCCUGCUACAGGUAGUCCAGUGGGAUUGUUUUACUGUACUUCACUUCGUUAGCCAAGGCACGUCCCGCUGGGGAUAG